UUCACUUUGACUUAUUCAUUUUGAUACUUUGGAUAUCAAACACAGAGCACUUUUUACGUUCUAGCUACUUUUAAAACAAAGAAAUUUCUGCCAAAUUAACCGUCACUUGCGGUCUUAGCGAUUCCAACGACAAUGGGUCUGAAACGCUUUGUUUCCUCUCUGCUGCGCAAGUCGCCGAUCUGCCCGUCGGAGCCCGGAAAGUUGGCUACCGGAUGCCCAGCCGUUUUCGCCGAGGACGGUAUGUGGAGUGCCAAGUUUACCGCCCGAAGGGACCCGGAGAAGAUUCAAGUACAGGUUUUCAAGCAACCAUCGUCUGGCCGCAAGGACGCCGAACUGACACCCUCAUUUAGACUCUCACGCAAACGUUCUUGGCUGCAGAGGCGCAUUGAUUCCUCGUAGACCGCGUGGUCAAAUCUACAAAAUGCCAAAUCUGCCAUACCAAUUUUAGUCCGCUGGAUUAGCGCAGUUGUGCUGUCUCACGCUCUGGUGUGCAAAGUAAAUGAUUUAAUAUUAUAAUCUA